UCUGCGCAUAAACUCCGUAACCUUUAUCUCUGUCUCUUCUCUUUGCCUUUCUUUCAGUUGCAGAAAGUGAGAGAGAAGCCAACUAGUAGUGAGAGGUUUCUCCGCUUCUCUUUUCUUCAAUUUUUAAUUUGAAUCAGUCAAAACCAAAAAUAAAAUGGCUAGCAGUACGAAUAAUCACAGAAGCAGUUCAAGAAAUGGAUUGAUACGGAGCUUCAGCGUGUCGUUUAGAGUGUUGGGUUCAGCAAUUACAAUUGCGGUGCUUGUUUUCUUUACUGUCGCUUUCCUUUUCACUUCAGACUCUCACUCUCCCUCCGACCUCCACCGCAACUUCGGUUUGGGAAAUGUGCCUUACGGAUUUGGAUCCGGGAGAAGAUCCGUAUUAGCAUUGAAAUCAGACCCAUUGAAGCCCCGAUUGGAUCAGAUCCGUAAACAAGCUGAUGAUCACCGGUCUCUUGCACUGGCAUAUGCAUCUUAUGCAAGGAAGCUCAAGCUUGAGAAUUCCAAGCUUGUUAGGGUUUUUGCUGAUUUAUCGCGCAAUUACACUGAUCUUAUAAAUAAACCGGCUUAUCGGGCUCUUUUCGAGUCUGAUUCGCUCUCUAUCGAGGAAUCUACAUUGAGGCAGUUUGAGAAGGAAGUGAAGGAGAGGAUUAAAGUUACGCGGCAAAUCAUUGCUGAGGCUAAAGAGAGUUUUGAUAAUCAGUUGAAGAUUCAAAAGUUGAAAGAUACAAUUUUUGCUGUUAAUGAGCAGUUAAGCAAGGCAAAAAAGCAAGGGGCUUUCUCAAGUUUAAUUGCUGCCAAAUCAAUACCCAAGAGUUUGCACUGCCUUGCUAUGAGGUUGAUGGAAGAGAGAAUCGCACAUCCUGAGAAGUAUACUGAUGAAGGGAAGCCUUUAGCUCCUGAAUUGGAGGAUCCCAAGCUUUAUCAUUAUGCUAUAUUUUCUGAUAAUGUUAUUGCUGCAUCAGUCGUGGUGAAUUCUGCGGUGAAAAAUGCAAAAGAGCCUUGGAAACAUGUUUUUCAUGUCGUGACUGAUAAAAUGAAUCUUGGGGCAAUGCAGGUUAUGUUUAAAUUGAAGGAUUAUAAUGGGGCACAUGUAGAAGUUAAAGCUGUUGAGGAUUAUAAAUUCUUGAAUUCUUCUUAUGUGCCUGUGUUAAGGCAAUUGGAAUCUGCCAAUCUUCAGAGGUUUUACUUUGAGAAUAAGCUUGAGAAUGCAACUAAAGAUACUACAAAUAUGAAGUUUAGGAACCCUAAGUACUUGUCGAUCUUGAAUCAUUUGAGGUUUUACUUGCCGGAAAUGUACCCAAAGUUGCAUAGGAUAUUGUUUUUAGAUGAUGAUAUUGUGGUACAAAAGGAUUUGACAGGGCUGUGGAAGAUCGAUAUGGAUGGGAAGGUGAAUGGGGCAGUGGAGACUUGCUUCGGGUCAUUUCAUAGGUAUGCGCAGUACAUGAAUUUCUCACACCCUCUGAUUAAGGAGAAGUUUAAUCCAAAGGCAUGUGCUUGGGCUUACGGGAUGAACUUCUUUGAUUUGGAUGCUUGGAGGAAGGAGAAGUGCACAGAGCAAUAUCAUUACUGGCAGAAUCUGAAUGAGAAUCGGACAUUGUGGAAACUGGGGACACUACCUCCAGGUUUAAUCACAUUUUACUCAACAACAAAGCCACUAGACAAAUCAUGGCAUGUUCUGGGGCUAGGAUACAACCCGAGCAUCAGCAUGGAUGAGAUUCGUAAUGCUGCAGUGGUGCACUUCAAUGGGAAUAUGAAGCCAUGGCUUGACAUUGCCAUGACUCAGUUUAAACCACUUUGGACAAAGCAUGUUGACUAUGAUUUGGACUUUGUCCAGGCCUGCAAUUUUGGUCUCUAAAUUUAAAGUGCAUCAUAGUGGUUCUGCAGCAAAAAAUUACCUUUGAAGGCUUUAGCUGUUUGUUACACGGUGUCACCAAUGGAUCUUGAAGUGGAAGAGUAUGGGCAUCUUUUCAAGUGUAGUAUAUUACUCGAUUUUAAUUCUAGGUCUCUUCUUCCAUUUACCCAUACAUGUCAAGCAACUAAAAUUUGUUGUAUUUGACCCAUGUAGCUGCUAAGAAUAUGGUUAUAGCUUUGGAGUUCAGUCCUUUGGUUUCUUCUUCUUCUUCUUCUUCUCGUUUCUUAAAUAUUUCUGAACUCUAAAUAUUAUGGUUAACGGUGCACAUGAAAAACUUCUAUUGAAAAUUCUUAAGUUGAUGUCCCAGAGAAAGGUUCUAUAUAAUUUGAAGAUUCUAAAUUUGAUGUUCUAAAUAAAGUUAUGUAUAAUUAUGGCCA